AUGAAUGAAAUACCUGAUAGUUUAAUACUUCGGAUUUUCAAGCAUCUGAGUAUUACAGAUUUGGCAAGAGCUUCAAGAGUUUGUCGAAAAUGGAAGCGAGUAACGUAUGAUUCAAGCAUAUGGCGUUCUGUUAACCUGGAAAAACUUUCGCGUAAUUUGGACGAUAAGUCUUUUCAACUUAUGGCGAAGUCGAGACUAGGUCUAUCUCUGAGGCAUUUGAAUUUAUCAAAUUGCGCGAUAUCCAGCAAAAUGUUGCGGCAAUUAGCAAAGAGUUGCAAAAACCUACAAAGUGUUGUAUUCGGAAAAGGUUCAAAGCUGUUAAACACAAGCAAUGAUGAAGUGAGUUUCCCUCCAAACUUAGAACUGCUGGAGUUACGACCAGCACGAGGAGAUUUUGCUUUUCUAAAAAGAAUACCGAGACACUUUACGGAGAUCAAGUAUCUGGGAAUCGGUAGCCAUUCUUCAAAAGGACCUGUUCCAAGAAUGUUCGUGAAAAUGCAGAAUUUGACAAUACUAGAUUGCACCAACUGUGAAGUGAUGAAAGAUGAGCACGUUCAAACGAUUGCAAUGUGCUGUCCAAAACUGGAAUCAUUUUGUCUCAACGGUUGCAAGAAUAUUUAUGGCACAAGUUUCGAAGAAUUGUUGAGACGUUGCAACAAACUGACGACUUUGUUGCUACGCUACACACCAAUACGAGACAACUGUUUCGACUCAAGAUUAUGGUCGCAAACCAAUUUGGAAGAAAUAGAUAUAUCAGCUUGUACACAUCUCACAAGAACAGGCUUGAUCAGACUUCUUACACAGAUCAAGAGUUUCCGUUAUCUUAAUCUUUCAUACUGUGGUAUCGGCCGUGCAGUAACAGACAGCGUUCUCAUUGCAAUGACCAGCUACGGUUCAAGCAAAAACAUCGAAAUGUUGGAUAUUCGUUGGAGCAUGAACGUCACGCCACAUGUUCUUCGUGAUUUCUUGAAAAGUUGCCCCAGCCUCAAAUGUCUUGGAAUCUAUCAAUCGUCCCACAUCGAUUGUAACGCAAUGGCAGAGCUCUUACAAUGCUUACCACGAUUGGAGAUUCUCGAGUUUGGUGCUUUUGGAAAAGCGUCGAUUUCAGAGAGUUUCUUAUUCCCAAACUUGGUGCAACAUUGCCCUGAAUUAAAAGCGUUGUCGUUGAUCAAUUUUUUGUCCUUAAAUCCAUACUCUGAUGGGCAACUUUUCGGUAGGCUUCUCAACGGUUGUUUAAAGCUCGAGCGAAUUAAUCUAUGCGAGCCUGAUCCUACUUUGACGUCACUUAUCGGAAGUAUUCGUGUCACGACAACAGCGAAGAUAACGCAACGAUGGCAAUGCGUGCUACCUGCGCCCGAUAUCACGUUGGAUGCGGUGAUGAACCAGCUCAGCUACCUAAUGUAA